CGACACGAUCAUGUGUAUGAUUAAUAAUGAUAUGAAUCGCUCGAAAGAAGACGGAAUUAAAUGUACGCUGAUAAGAACGAUUGGGUAUAUAAAGGAACCCUAAGCAGCAGAGAGCCACAGUUUGGUGUGGGUCAUAUAACGUAAAGGUGGGGUAGGACAGCGUGAUUUUUCACACAGCAAGAUGAAAGCCAUACUUUUUGUCACCUUUCUGUGCCUGGCUAUGAUUUGCUCUUAUACCAAAGCGGACAUUGACUGUCCAUUCCCGGACGGAAAAGACGUGGUUCUUCGGCCAAAUCCGUACUACUGCGAAGACUACUUUGCCUGCAGCAAUGGCGAAGCAAUCCCGAUGAAGUGUCCCAAAGGACUGCACUUUAAUUCUGAACUUCGUGUCUGCGACUGGCCGUGGCAUGCAGGAUGCGAGACCCCUUAAUUUGAUCAAUGAAUUUAUUCGUUAUAAUAACCUGCAUCCAGUCGCAUGAAAUCAUACAUGGUCAUUAUCUUGCUGUCC